UAUCAACAUGCGGGAUGGAUGUGUUGACUGCAGCCAACGUGCGAAGUGAGGAAUAAGUUAAUUUACAUCACCAUAGCUGCCAAAAUAUUUCGGUUUUGGCCUUUCUCGUGAGCAAGAUGGCAAACACCAACCUUCAGUUCAAAACAAAUUAUGUUGUUGAGAGCAAGAUUGAACCGUUUUACAAAGGAGGAAAAGUGCAGAUCAGCAAAGAUGAAAAGUUCAUCUUUUGCACUUGUGGAUCACGUGUCAAUGUUUUAGAGAUCAGCACAGGGAAGAUUGUCCACUGUGUUGAGCAUGAUGAUCAAGAGGACAUCACAUCUUUCGCACUCAGCUGUGAUGAUGAGAUGCUGGUAACAGCCAGUAGAGCUCUGCUGCUGAAGCAGUGGGACUGGAAGCAAGCUCAGUGCACUCGCUCCUGGAGGGCCAUUCACACUGUUCCUGUGGCUAGUAUGACCUUUGACUCCACCUCUACGCUCCUGGCUACAGGUGGCUGUGAUGGCACUAUAAAGCUCUGGGAUGUGGUGAAGCAGUACUGCACCCACAAUCUUAAAGGGUCAUCUGGCGUUGUACACCUGGUCCAGUUCCACCCAGACAUCGACAGGCUGCAGCUCUUCUCCUCCUCUCUGGACUGUGGCAUCCGUCUGUGGGACCUGCGCUCCAGUCAGUGUGUGUGCGUGCUGCAGAGCCACUACAGCGCUGUCACCUCGCUCUGCUUCAGCCCAGAUGGUGACACCAUGGUCAGCUCUGGCAGAGACAAGAUCUGCACAGUGUGGGACCUGAAGGCUCAGAAAGCAAAGAGAACUGUGCCGGUCUAUGAGGCUGUGGAGGGCGUUGUGCUCCUGCCUAAGAAUGAGGACUUGUCUGAGAUUGGAGUGAAAAGCAAAGACUUGCAUUUCAUCACAGCUGGCAGCAAAGGUGUGUUGCGAGUGUGGGAGGCCAGCACUGCGCGUUGUGUCUAUGCGCAGACCCUCUCCUCCACCCCCACUGCUGUCUCUGAGGAGGAGGAGGAGGAGAAGGACGAUGAUCCCCGCAGUCUAACGUACCUCCUCUCCCUGCCUGCCUCCUCCAGGCUGGCCACAGUCACAGCAGAACACAACAUUGUACUCUACCAGCUGCCUGGACUCACCACACAGCAGCAGUUUGUGGGAUACAAUGACGAAGUGCUGGACGUGAAGUUUCUGGGUAAAGGCGACAGCCACAUCGUGGUGGCGACCAACAGCUGCCAGCUCAAGGUGUUCGAGCUGCUCACCAACAGCUGCCAGAUCCUGUACGGACACACAGAUACUGUCCUCUCAUUGGACGUGUUCAAAAAAGGCUUUCUCUUUGCGAGCUGUGCGAAGGACAGGUCGGUGCGUGUGUGGCAGAUGGACAGCGACAGCGGUCAGGUGCGCUGUGUGGCUCAGGGCUCCAGCCACACUAACGCCGUGGGCUCCAUCACCUGCUCCAGGAUGAAAGCGUCUUUCGUAGUGUCCGGCAGUCAGGACUGCACCGUGAAGGUGUGGGAUCUCCCAGCAGACUUGACUACAGCAGGGGAGGACGUACAUCAGCUGACCCCCCGUGCCACAGAGAAGGCACAUGACAAGGAUGUGAACAGCGUAGCAGUGUCACCCAAUGACAAGCUGCUGGCUUCGGGCUCCCAGGACCGCACAGCGAAGCUGUGGUCGCUGGCAGGGGAAGGAGCCGUGGGCCUGCUGGGGGUAUUUCGGGGCCACCGUCGUGGCGUCUGGGCCGUCUGCUUCUCUCCUGUGGACCAGGUGCUGGCCACGUCCUCCGCAGAUGGAGCCACCAAACUGUGGAGUCUGCAGGACUUCAGCUGCCUCAAGACAUUCGAGGGUCACGAUGCAUCAGUUCUGAAGGUCAUCUUCGUGAGCCGAGGCACUCAGCUGCUCACCAGUGGUUCAGAUGGUUUAGUGAAGCUGUGGACCAUAAAGACAAACGAGUGUGUGAAGACGCUGGACGCCCACCAGGACAAAGUGUGGGGUCUCCACGCCAGCCGCAAAGAUGACAAGAUGGUGACUGGCUCAGCAGACUCUAACAUCUCUGUGUGGGUGGACGUGACUGAAGUGGAGCUGGCAGAGGAGCAGGCCAAGCAGGAAGAUCAGAUACUCAAGCAGCAGGAGUUGUCCAACCUGCUCCAUGAGAAGAAGUACCUGAAAGCCCUGGGUCUCGCCAUCUCACUGGACCAGCCUCACACUGUGCUCACUGUAAUCAAAGCGAUCCGUCAGGUGGAGGAUAGCCGCGAGCUGUUAGAGAAGACGGUACUGAAACUUCGAGUGGAUCAGAAAGAGUCGCUCCUGCGCUACUGUGUGGUGUGGAACACCAACGCCAGAAACUGUCAGGAUGCCCAGGCCGUCCUCCAGGUGCUCCUCACACACCUGCCGCCUGAGGAGCUGCUUCAGUACCAGGGUGCUCGAACUUACCUCGAGGGACUCAUCCCGUACACAGAGAGACACAUGCAGAGGAUUGGCAGACUGCUGCAGGCGUCCAUGUUCUUGAACUACAUGUGGCAGAAGAUGAGAGUGGCAGGAGGACCAUCCAGCAUGGACCAAGAUGAAGAGAUGGAUACCACUCCUCUUGCUCAGCCUUUCUUCAUGAUUGACAAGGAGAAAGGAAUGGGCAGUGGCGAUGAGGAGAAACAAGAGGGAGAUGACAGUGAUGGUGGACAAGAUGAAGAUCCAAAGUGCCUGCCUGAAGAAGAAGAGGAAGAGGAAGAGGAGGAGGUCAGUGCUACCAAGAAAGCCUCUACCAAUGACAGGCGAGUAGAAAACGGAGAGAGCGCCAAAACAAAUGGCAACCACCACUCUGAAAGCGAGGAGAGCUCAAAAGAGGAAGACAUGGAAGAAGAGGAUCAAACAGCGGUAAAGGUGAUAAAAAGUCUCCCAGUUUCUUCCACACAAUGCCAGACUUUCGCCAGCUGACAGUGAUCUCCAAGCUGAAGACAGAUGACUCACUCCUGGCAAGAAACCCCCCCCAGGAGGGGUCGUCUUAUCUCGGACCAUUAGCUGGACUGACACGCUGAAUGUGUGGCAGUGCAGGAAGACACAGAGAGACAGGUGUGGAGUGAUGAUGAUGAUACAGAUAACAGGCCUCUCUGUGCAUUCCACGUCUCAGCGGCUCGUAAAGACUUUCUGUCCUGUGCCAGUGACUAAAUCGUGCAUCACUUCUUCCAUUCAGAGUAUGAGCAGAAUUUAGAGAAACUUAUCCAGCCUGAUUUUCUCAGACAAAGUGGACGUGAGAGUAAAAGAGGAGAAACUGAAGGAGGACAGAGCUGCUUUAACAUUUAGGCUCCGAGCCAGAGUGAUCCUCCCCCUCUGCAGAUACCAGCAGCCAUUGUCUAGUUCUGCAUUGCUGUGCAGUCCUGAUCUACCGGCUCGACCACCGCAAUACAAAAGGUUGCUUAUACAAACGCAGAUUCUUUUAAUGACAUAACCACAAAUGUUUAUAAAAUAAAAAUCUGUUCUUUGUGAUUUAAAA